GUGGGCGGGUCGUCGAGGAGUCUGAGGAAGAGAGGGCGGCGGCGGUUGUGGUGACUGAGCGGAGCUCGCUGACAGGAUGUUGGUGUUGGUAUUAGGAGACCUGCACAUCCCACACCGGUGCAACAGUUUGCCAGCUAAAUUCAAAAAACUGCUGGUGCCAGGAAAGAUUCAGCACAUUCUCUGCACUGGAAACCUUUGCACCAAAGAGAGUUAUGACUAUCUCAAGACUCUGGCUGGUGAUGUUCAUAUUGUGAGAGGAGACUUUGAUGAGAAUCUGAAUUAUCCAGAACAGAAAGUUGUGACUGUUGGGCAGUUCAAAAUUGGUUUGAUCCAUGGACAUCAAGUUAUUCCAUGGGGAGAUAUGGCCAGCUUAGCUCUGCUGCAGAGGCAGUUUGAUGUGGACAUUCUUAUUUCAGGACACACACAUAAAUUUGAAGCAUUUGAGCAUGAAAAUAAAUUCUACAUUAAUCCAGGUUCUGCCACUGGAGCAUAUAAUGCCUUGGAAACAAACAUUAUUCCUUCAUUUGUGUUGAUGGAUAUUCAGGCUUCUACAGUUGUCACUUAUGUGUAUCAGCUAAUUGGAGAUGAUGUGAAAGUAGAACGAAUCGAAUACAAAAAAUCUUAAAUCGAGGCCUGUCCUGAUGAUUUUUCUGUUGGGCUUUUCUUUUUCCAUUCCCCUGUUCAACUCAAGUAAUUAAACACUUAAGAGCCACAAAAUUGUAUCACUUUUAUAAUAUUUUGCAGUAAAUUACAAUAUCAUCUUCUGUUAAUACAAUGUUCUAAGCUUCCUGUAAACUGUUAGAUUAUAUUUAGUUUAAGUAUAUGAUUUCUAUGAAAAAAUGUCCACCACACAGUAAAUGGUCAUGUUAAGAAAAAUUUAUCCUUGUAAAUAUCUUCAUAGUUGAUAUUUGGAACUUUAUUACCAAAGUAGUGCAUGAGGAGAAAGAAUCUAGACUUUCUUGUAUACAUUUUUUUCUUCUCCAGUAAUAAACAGUUACCUUUCAUUUAUACUUUCUUAAUAAACUGUGUUUUAAUUUUUAAAAAUCAUGAAAAUAAGAGGCCAAAUGAAACUGCAGACAAGUGUUACAGUGAUAAGGUAAAUGAGAUGACCUUUUAGAGCUCUCAGAAAUAGGAAUUAUACAAUGUAUUUGUCAGAUUUAAAGAAAAAUAAUUCAGUUUUAGGUGACAAAAAUUUUAAUUGUACCUAGCUAGGAUUACAAGCAUAUAUCACACAUAAAUUUUAUUACACAAAUAUCACUGGUACAUGGAACUACAUCAAACCAUUUACAUUGUGGUAAGUUUCUGAAUAAACUAAAAUUACUUAAUGACUUAGUGGUGAAUAACAACACUAUCCUAAAUGUAGAGAGAGGACACAAUUCACAUCCCUUCCCCCCACCUUUGGCACAUCAUCAAUACUCAAGACAAGGUUGUCAAGUUAACAUCAGAUGUUCUCCCUGUUCUUCAAUUGACAUUGA